UGUGUGUGUGUGUGACGUGUGUACAUGUACUGAGUAAGUGAGUUAGUCAUGUAGUUACACCUUGAAUAAUUUGCAAGUAUUUAUUUUUCAAUUAAUUUCAAUUUGGAUAAAUUUAAAUACAACAAUGGUCAAUUAUUAUAGACUAAAUAUUAUUAUUAAUUUAUUAUAAAUUUAUAUUGAUUAUUAUUAUUAUUAUCGUGAAUGAGUCAACUGCCACGGAGCAACAAAAGCCAAGAUAACACAUAAAAACCAAUUACAAAGUAAUAUUACUCUUUUUUCCUCUCAUUUUCAAUUUCAAUGACUUGAGAAUAUUUUUUUUCUAUUUUUUUUUUCGUUUCCCUCCACAUGGGCGUGAAAAGUGUAUAAUUUUUUUUCUUCUAAAGAAAUAAAGAAUAUUUAUAUAUUAUCAAUAAAAUUAUUGAAUUAUGAAGAUAAGAAUUGUUUUGUUGACGUAAAUCGUAGUUGGUUAAACUGAUUGAAAUAAAAAAAUAUGGGUGUGAUUAAUAACAUGAGUGUGUCUCAAUCUUGAAAGUGAAAAGAAAAAAAAAGUAAAAUUUGAAAAUAAUAUAUCAACUUGCCAUUUAAUAAUUAUUUAAUAAUAAUUUUAAUUAUUUAAAAAAAAAAAACAUGAGUUUAAAUAUAUCAAAAUUUUUUUCAAAAAAAAAAUCAUCAACAUCAUCAUCAGGUAGUAAUGAAUUGUCAGUUGGUGAAAUUGGUUUACCAACAAAUGUAUCACAUGAAUUUCAUGUUAGUAAAAAUGCUGAAACAGGACAACUUGAGGGUCUACCAGAUCCUUGGAUACGUUUAUUAAAUACUCAAAUAUCAAAAUCAGAACAAGAUUCACAUCCAGCAGCAGCAUUACAAGCCAUAAAAUUUUAUAAUUAUUCAAUUAAAAAAAAGCCACAAGAAGAAGUAUUCAAGCCAUUUGUAACUGAAGAUUUAAUAAUUGAAGAAUCACAAGAAAUUGAUAAAAUAUUAGCUAAGAAAAAAAAAUAUCAAUCUGAUGAUUCUGAUAUAUCAACAUCUGGUAGUUCAACAGAUAGUCAAAAAAUACCAAAAUUACCACCAAAAAUUGGUAAAGCAACACCAACAACAACAACAACAAAAACACCACCACCAAUAAAACAAAAUACAAAACCAUUAAAACCAAUAUUAAAACCACCAAAACCAACACCAAGAAAAACAAUUAUUAAAUCAAAUAAUAAUAAAGAUAAUGAUGAUAGAGAUGAAAAAACUCUAACUGAAAUAUUAGAAGAAUUAAAUGUAUUUAGAAAUGAUUAUGAUGAUUAUGAUGUUAUUAAAAAUGAUCAAAAUUAUGAUGAGAGUCCAAUUUUACGUAGAAAAACUGAUUCAUCAUUAAAUCGUAUGACUGAUAAAGAAGUUUAUGAUGAAUUACGUAGUAUAUGUCAAACAGAUGAUCCAAAUAUACGUUUUGAAAAAACAAAAGAAGUUGGUGCUGGUGCAUCUGGUACUGUAUUUAUUGCAAAUGAUUUAAUAUAUUAUAAUAAAGUUGCUAUUAAAGAUAUUGAUCUUGAUAAACAACCAAAAAAAGAAUUAAUAUUAACUGAAAUAAAAGUAUUAAAAGAAUUUCAACAUCCAAAUUUAGUUAAUUUUCUUGAUGCAUAUAUUGUUAAUGAACAUUUAUGGGUUGUUAUGGAAUUAUUACAAGGUGGUCCAUUAACAGAUGUUGUUACUGAAACAGUUAUGAAAGAAAUACAAAUUGCAGCUGUAUGUCGUGAAGUAUUAAAAGCAAUUAGUUUUUUGCAUUCAAAAGGUAUUAUACAUCGUGAUAUUAAAUCAGAUAAUGUACUACUUGGUAUGGAUGGUACAGUUAAAGUUACAGAUUUUGGUUUUUGUGCAAAUAUUGAUGGUGAUGAAAAAAGACAAACAAUGGUUGGAACACCUUAUUGGAUGGCACCAGAAGUUGUUACGAGAAAACAAUAUGGUAAAAAAGUUGAUAUAUGGUCACUUGGUAUAAUGGCCAUUGAAAUGAUUGAGGGUGAACCACCAUAUUUAAAAGAAACACCAUUACGUGCCUUAUAUUUAAUAGCAUCAAGAGGUAAACCAUCAAUACCAAAAUGGGAUGAACUAAGUAGAACAUUACAAAAUUUUUUAGAACGUUGUCUUGCUGUUGAAGUUGACGAUAGAGCAUCAGCUGAUGAACUCUUGAAACAUCAAUUUUUAGAUAAUUGUGCUGAUUUAUCAUCAUUGACACCUCUUAUACGUGCUGCACAACAAAUACUUCGCAAGGACUUUGAAUAAUAUAAUUAAUAACAAAGUCUGUAUGUAUUGUUGUUGCUGUUGUUUUUUUUUUCUUUUUUUUUUCAUACUGUGUUGUGAUGACUUUUUUUUUUUCCUUGUUAACGAAUAAUUAACGUCAUUGUUAACUCAGUACUUGGCAAGAUGUUAUGAGACAAUUGGCCUUAAAGUUAAUCAACAUGUGACAAUUAAUGCUAAAAGUUUUGACGACAAAAAAAAAGUGCAUUAAAAAAAAAAACAAAAAAGAAAAUCUUUUUUUUUUUAUCUCUUUUAAAUUAUUUUAUUUCGUUAUUAUUUUUUUAUUAGAUGUAUUAUCAAUUGAGACUUGUAUUUAUCAAUUUUCUUUUCUCUAUUUUUUUUUUCUUGAUGUAUUUAAGUAUUAAUUGUGAUUUUUGAG